AACACUUCAGUCUUGAACUUCAUAUCAAUGUGUACAUGAGUAUUUCAGGAAUAAUGCAGCUCCGGCAGAAUUUUUUCAUCAUUCUUUUGUUCUUUGGGAUGGUAUUGAGUGGGGUCAUUUUUCUGAAUAAUAACCAGAAAAGCUGCAAACAGCAGAAAAUAAAACAAGUCUUUAUCGAGUGAGUAAUGAUGUGCAUACACAUACAUCACUAUUCAACACACACACACAAUCAUGCGACACCACGUAAUCAAAUUCAAAUCAGUAAGAGUUUGACUGUUAAUAUCAGGCCAAAAUGGAAGCAAAAGACCUUUGGAUUGCGCUCAUUGCCAGGCUUGUUGUACAACCAGCCAAGUCUGUUGGUAGGAAGUCGGACGGAUGUUGCUUCUGUGACACCAUGGUCAGCUCCAAUCAUUUGGGAGGGAACCUUUGACCCCAUACUGAUCGACUCUAUCUACAAACAACACAAUCUCACCAUAGCAACCACAGUCUUCGCUUUGGGAAAAUACACACGUUUUGUUAAAGAUUUUCUGGAGUCAGCAGAACAGCAUUACUUUGUUGGAUUUCGAGUGCAUUACUACUUGUUUACAGAUCAACCAGAAUCGAUUCCUGAGGUGAAGAUGGGUGAAAACCAUAAUUUGACAGUUCUAAAGGUUCAGAGUUUGAACAGAUGGCAGGACAUCAGUAUGAGCAGGAUGGAAAAACUGGAAAAACUAAUAGAGAAUGAACUGGCCAACAAAGCUGACUAUAUUUUCUGCCUUGACAUAGAUACAAAGUUCUAUGGCCGUUGGGGUGUGGAGUCUUUGGGUCGUCUGGUAGGUGUGAUUCAUCCUUGGUUGUUUGACGUUCCAAGGGAUCGAUUCACAUAUGAGCGUAGACCAGAGUCUCAAGCAUACAUUCCAGCUGGGGAAGGUGAUUUUUAUUAUGCUGGUGCUGCAUUUGGUGGCUCAUUAGAAGAUGUACAUCAACUCACCAAAACCUGCAGGGAGAAGCUGCUCAUUGAUGCUGCAAACUCCAUUGAGGCAGUAUGGCAAGAGGAGUCUCACUUGAACAAGUAUUUCCUUUUGAACAAACCUAGUAAACUGCUCUCUCCUGAAUAUAUGUGGCGGGGCAUCAAUGAAAAAGCAGCCCAAAUAAAAGUUGUUCGCUUCUCUAAUGUAGCUAAAAACUAUGCUGAAGUCCGUCCAAAUCCAUAGCAACCAGUAUACAGGGACGUUCGCUGAAAAAAAUUGAACUGUUCGGUUCUCCACGCGCUGGGACCAAAGUUCAACUUAAAUCUGUAGUAUGGUUUGUUAUAAAUAACACAUAAAACAAACUCUUUCAGUUGAUGGAUGCGCAUGAGAGAGAGAGAAAAAAAACCUGGACAAACCAUUCUGUCUUGUUCAGUGAUGCUGUAUGCUCGAAUAUGAGCAGUCAUUUAUUCCAUCUUCAUUCAGGUGAUGAAUAGUAUGAAGUUAAUUUAAUGGCAAAAAGAUUUGCAUACACAGGGUAAGAGUUGUGGAAGUGUACAAAAGUCUGUAAGCAUAAAUUAAAUUUGCAUGUGUAAGAGAAGCUUUGUAAAGGUUUGUAAGUUUUUUAGGAUGUAAGCAUAUAAAGGCAUGCAGCAUUUUACUGUUACUCCUAAGUGUAAUUCAAGUUUUGUGAAACUGCAGCUUCAUGCUAAAGCAAAAUAAAUAUGAUCUGCAUUCUUCUAAUUUCCAUUUUUCCACACUUACACUUUUGGCACGAAAACUGU